GAAAUAAAAAAGAAGAAAAUCCAUCUCUCUCUCUCUCCUCUUUUCUCUCCACCAUUGCCAAGUGUAGCUCUGAGCCGUCGCUCGGUUUCCGAAUUCGGAGUUGAGAGAAGCAGCGAUUGAAUUUUGGGAGCUGAGAGCAGAAAAGAGAGCUUUCAAGAAUGGCGGUGGAGUAUGAGUGUUGCAGUAGCGCCUUCUUCAUACACAUACUGGUGAUCGUGUUUCUGGUUUUGUUCGCGGGGCUAAUGUCUGGGCUCACCUUGGGCCUCAUGUCCCUCAGCAUCGUCGAUCUUGAGGUCUUGGCCAAGUCUGGGAAGCCCAAGGAUCGCAAGCACGCCGAAAAGAUCUUGCCAGUUGUCAGAAAGCAGCAUCUGUUGCUUUGCACCCUGCUGAUUUGCAAUGCUGCUGCAAUGGAGGCACUUCCCAUUUUUCUGGAUGGUCUGGUGACGGCUUGGGGUGCAAUCCUAAUUUCGGUGACACUGAUUCUUCUGUUUGGAGAGAUUAUACCACAAUCUAUCUGUACCCGAUAUGGUUUGGCGAUAGGUGCAGCAGUGACUCCAUUUGUCCGUGUUCUUCUGUGGGUCUGCUUUCCUAUUGCAUAUCCAAUUAGCAAGUUAUUGGACUAUCUUCUUGGCCACGGACAUGUAGCUCUGUUUCGCAGAGCAGAGUUAAAAACACUUGUAGAUUUUCAUGGCAAUGAGGCUGGGAAAGGUGGAGAAUUGACACAUGAUGAGACCACCAUUAUUGCUGGAGCCCUUGAGCUCAGUGAGAAAACUGCUAGUGAUGCCAUGACGCCUAUAGCUGAAACUUUUGCAAUUGAUAUCAAUGACAAGCUUGACAGGAAUCUGAUGAAUUUGAUAAUGGAGAAAGGGCAUAGUAGAGUGCCAGUGUACUAUGAGGAGCCCACAAACAUAAUUGGACUUGUUCUGGUCAAAAAUUUGUUGACUGUUCAUCCAGAAGAUGAAACACCUGUAAAGAAUGUGACUAUACGCAAGAUUCCAAGGGUUCAAGAAACAUUGCCCUUGUAUGACAUACUGAAUGAAUUUCAGAAAGGUCACAGUCACAUGGCUAUUGUUGUAAGACGGUGCAAUACUGCGGAGCAACCUGAUGGCAAUACAGCUGACAGUCCAGUGAAAGAAGUGAGAGUGGACAUUGAUGGUGAAAAGCCUCUUCAGGAGAAGACUUUGAAGAGCAAAAGAUCACUGAAUAAAUGGAAGAGUUUCCCUAACAGUGGGCAUACUUCUUUCAAAAGCGGGUCUAGAAGCAAGAAAUGGUCAAAGGAGAUGUAUUCAGACAUCCUUCAGAUAGAUGAUGAAGCACUCCCGAGGCUCCCCGAAGAGGAAGUGGCUGUUGGCAUUAUAACAAUGGAAGACGUCAUUGAAGAGCUUUUACAGGAGGAAAUAUUUGAUGAAACUGAUCAUCAAUACGAGGAGUCAUAACACCAGUCUCUCUAGGAAGCAGUGUCUUGUAGUACAUAUGAAACACACAAUAUUCGUUAUAUUUGUUUGCCCCUAGGUUCUAAAAUAGAUAAUCAGGUGCAAUACUGGAACUUGCCUAAAGCCAUGGAAGUGAUGUGCCAUUUGUUAGUACCAUAGUAUAUCACCAACUUUUAUGUGUUGAGGUGAAUGGAAAAUUUUCUCCAGGCUUAGUACAGAGAGAGAAGAGAACAUGGGACAUCAUCACUAAGCUUAAAUUUGGCAGAAGUUAAAUUUUGGAGGCAUGAAAUUCUGAUAUAUAUCGGUUGGUAAUUUCAGUCUGCUUGUGUCGAAUUACCAAAUGUUUACACAAGCACACCGUUCCGGCACAGUCUACUCAUGACUGUAAGGACUUCCACUUGGACGGAAUUGGGAAUGUCAGGAGACUGUUUCAAUUUCUUAGACUAUGACUAUGGUGUACAUCAACUGUACUGCAUGAUCUCAAAUGAUACUGCAUCAGCUGAUACAUCUUUCUUCAUCUUAACAAUGUUCACUUGCUCCCAAC